AUGGCGUAUCCCAAUAAUGUUGGCAUCAAGGCCAUGGAGAUCUAUGUCCCCGGCCAGGCCUUGGACCAGUCGCUCUUUGAGCAACAUCAGGGCGUCUCAGCAGGAAAAUACACCAUCGGCCUGGGUCUCAAGUACAUGAACUUCUGCAAUGACCGUGAAGAUGCCACUUCCCUUGCUCUCACGGCAGUUUCAUCUCUAUUGAAGAAGUACAAUAUCGACCCCAAGUCCAUUGGUCGUCUGGAGGUCGGCACGGAGUCCUUGAUCGACAAGGCAAAAUCUAUCAAGACUGUGCUGACCCAGCUCUUCGAGCCUGCCGGCAACACGAGCCUAGAGGGUAUCGACACAAUCAACGCGUGCUACGGAGGCACGAGUGCUCUUUUCAAUGCCGUCAACUGGGUCGAGUCUCGCUCUUGGGACGGCCGCGAUGCAAUCGUGGUGGCCUCGGACAUUGCUCUCUAUAAGGAAGCAUCUUCGCGGCCGACCGGCGGCGCCGGCUGUGUCGCCAUGCUGGUGGGCCCCGAUGCGGUGCUCUCACUGGAUCCGGCGCUCAAGGGCACCUUCAUGACCCAUGCCUAUGAUUUCUACAAGCCAGAUCUCAAGGCAGAGUUCCCUGUAGUCAACGGACACGAGUCUCUCAGAUGCUAUACCUCGGCGCUGGAUGGCUGCUACAACCGUCUUCGGGAGAGAGUCGAGGAGGCCAAUGUGAAGGCGAACGGCCACGGUCCCAAGACUGAUACGCGCAGCCUGUUGGACAUCUUCGACUAUAUGGCAUUCCACACCCCCAACUGCAAGCUUGUCAGCAAGUCUUACGGACGUCUGCUGUACAACGACUACAAGCAGGGUGGUGACGAGGACACCUGGGGGAAGGUCCCCGCCGAGCUCCGCGAGCUCAGCUACGAGGACUCUCUCAAGAGCAAGGAGCUGGAGAAGCUUUUUGUUACCUUGUCCAAGGAUCGUUUCAAGUCGCGAGUCGAGCCUUGCAUUGCCGCUCCCACACAAUGCGGCAACAUGUACACAGGCAGUCUUUACUGUUCCCUCAUCAGCUUGAUUAGUAACAUCGACCUGAAGAACUCAGUGGGAAAGACGAUUGGCAUGUUCAGUGUAAGUGCUCAUUUGGUCCUUGCGCUCUCGGAAGCUCUUUUUGUACUAAUUGUCAUCCCCUAUCAGUACGGCAGCGGAAUCGCCAGUACUCUGUUCGCGCUUAAGGUCACGGGUGAUCUUAGCGAGCUGGUCCAAAAGAUUGAUAUCAUGGACCGAUUGAGUCAGCGCAAGAUCUCGACUCCCGAAGAAUAUGAAGAGGUAAUCUACCAUGUUGAAUAUUAUUAUUUCAAGCAUUUGCUGACCGCAUACAACCAGGCUUGCGCCCUCAGAUUGAAGGCUUACGGCGCCAAGGGCUUUGAACCCACUGGCAGCAUUGAGAACAUGGCCCGGGGCACGUACUAUCUAACUGAAAUCGAUGAAGCGUACCGUAGGACUUAUGCUGUGAAGGAAUAG